AUGACUCAGUUGCCUAAAUCUGUUAGCGUUACUGAGAAACGAAUGGAAGAUGGUUUACACUCAUUCAGGGCCAUCGCAUUCUUGGUCUUAUGGUAUUUUUUCAGUGGGUGUACAUUAUUUUUGAACAAGUACAUCCUUUCUUAUUUAAAUGGAGAUCCUACAAUACUUGGAGCAUUUCAAAUGAUCAUGACAACUAUUUGUGGUUUUGUCCAACUGUAUUUACCAUGUGGAAUGUACAAACAACCAAUACAUCGAUCAAAAAGACCUCCAAACUUUUAUAUACAUAUGUGCUUAGUUGGUUGUACGCGAUUUAUUACAGUACUUUUAGGACUCAUUUCACUAAAUUAUGUAGCAGUAAGUUUUACAGAAACAAUUAAAAGUUCAGCUCCAAUAUUUACUGUAUUUAUUUCAAAAUUGUUAUUGGGAGAACAAACAAGCAUUUUGGUAAGCCUAUCUUUAGUUCCUAUAAUGGUUGGCCUGGCAUUAUGUUCUUCAAAUGAAAUUUCAUUUAACCUACCAGGAUUUAUUGCUGCCCUUGCAACGAAUUUUACUGAGUGUUUACAAAAUGUUUACUCAAAAAUGCUAAUUAGUGGCGAUAAAUUCAAAUAUACACCUGCUGAAUUACAAUAUUAUACAAGUUUAGCAUCAAUUAUUAUUCAAAUUCCUGUGUCACUAGUAUUAGUUGACAUCAAAUAUGCGGUUUCUAAUACUAGUUUAUAUCUUUUACUGAUGUUUAUAUUAAAUGGAGUGUUUUUCCAUUUUCAAAGUAUUACAGCCUACGUUCUUAUGGAUUAUAUAAGUCCAGUUACCUAUAGCGUGGCCAAUACUGUUAAACGUGCAUUUCUCAUAUGGAUGUCAAUUAUUUUAUUUGGAAAUUCUAUUACUCUUUUGAGUGGGCUUGGUACUGUUAUAGUUAUUGCAGGAGUUGUAAUAUAUAAUAAAGUAAAACAGUAUGAUAAUAAUCGUCAGUCAAAUAAUGAAUUCGAUAAAAUACUAUUAACCUCUCCAUUCAAAAUCCGAACAAUUUAGUAUAAAAAAAUAUUAUAUUUUAACAAUAUACUUAAAAUUAUUUUAUGUAAAGGUCUAUCCUAAUCAUGUCAAAAAUAGAAAACAGCCAAUGAGGAAUAUAUGGAAUAUUACAACUACCAAGGAAAAUGGAAAUCAUACCUUAAUUAUUAUAUUUUGAAAUAAAUAAUUAUUAUUUGUUGUAUUUUUAAUAUUUAGAAUUUACUUAAUAAACAAUCU